UGGUACAGUGUGUUCAUCUGCUCCCCUCCUGCGAUCAACACUUGUAGGUACAACACCCGCCGCGCAUGCGCAGAGCCGUCGGCCGCCUUGCAUUUCUUCCCAGACAUCAUCAUCAUCAUCACAGGUUGAACCGAACAUCCUCUUCCACAAGGAGCGAGCUUCUGCCUUUUAUUUCUGCUCCUUUUCUUCUUUUCUCCGCCGCCGCCGCCGCGGUGUGUAUUCAAAACAGCACGGAGGGAGCAGAAGCCAUAAGAUGAAGAAACGCUAUGUGGACGCGAACAGGCUACGGAAAAUGAAGAAACUGAAAAUAACGGAGAAGCUGUCUGAGAGUGCAUACACCGUCCUGAAGUUUAUGAUGAUGUGGACGCUGGUGCUGCUGGCAGAUUUCAUCCUCGAAUUCAGACUGGAGUAUCUGUGGCCAUGCUGGCUCUUCUUUGGGAGCGUGUACACCACUUUCCACUGCCAUGGUCUGGUUAUCUGUGUUGUUUUUGUCUGUGCUGCCUUCACUCUGGACAUCUUUUGUUUAAUUUUUGUUCCUCUGCACUGGCUGUUUUUUGUGGCUAGCACCUACGUGUUAUUCAAUUACAUAUGGCACACAGAAAAAGGCAUCUGCAUAUCAACGGUAUCCCUGUGGAUUUUGCUCGUGUACACGGAGGCAUCGCUGCGACUCAAAGACCUCAAAACCUCUCAUGCCAACCUGUCUCAUCUUUUUGCUGCACACUGCAUUGGAUAUCCUGUAGUGUACCUGGGGUUUUAUGCCACCUGCUACUUCACCAACAUCUUUAAGUUGCGCAUACAGAAAGCAGUGCAGAGUGAGAACGACUUCCACAUGCACCUCCUGCAGCACUCGCUCCCUCCAGGCCUGCAGGUUUACCCCAAGACCGGCACAGAUGGCAGCAGCAGCUCAAAAUGGAAGAUAAAGCCUGAGUCAACUCAGUAUCAGUGUCAGAAUGGUGCUGUAGUGGCCCACGAUGAGGGACACACUGCGGACUGUCUCCAGAUCCGCAGCGAGGACAGAGUAACGGAGAAAGGAACCCACGAGGUGAGGUCAGCUGAAUCGAACCGGCGACCAUCAUCCAAACCUGGUGAGUCCAGAGAUCUGCUCCACUGUGGGGCGGGAGGACCAGAAUCCUCUAUGACCCCGGAAACUCUACCUCAAGAUGAGCAAGGAGGCAAAGCCACACGGACAGCUAAAAACUCCUCGCCAAAAGCCCGCAGAGGCAGCACGAACACUCCUUCACCGCCUGCAGGGAGGACUGAGAAGAAACAGAGAUCCAGCUCAAAGACAGUCAGCCCAAACCGGGAUGUAACAGACAAGAGUGCCACAGCAGCUCAGAAUUACCACGCUGAACAGAUGACCAAGCUGGAGCAGGAGCUGAGGCGGCUGAAGGGCGAGCUGCAGUCAAGCCGCCAGGGAGAGCAGGAGCUGCGGAGUCACAUCUGCAACUUGACCAACAGCGAGAGGAGCCUGAGACCAGAGGUUUCCCUGCUCAGACAGUCCAACAUGUUGCUCCAGAGCAAGAUUUUGUGUCUAACUAAAACCAAGCAAAGGGACAAACAGAGCAGUGCGAUGCUGGAGAAGAAGACCAGAGCAGAGACGGAGGCCAGACUCUCUGCUGAGAGGCAGUUGGCAGAGCUUCAGGCCCAGAAACUGGAGGAAGCAGCCAGCACAGCACGGAGCCUAACAAACAGGCAGGAACACUGUGAAACCCAAAUGUUAAGGAAAAGAGUUAAAGAUCUAGAGACAGAGUACAAACAACUACAGCUGGAGUAUCAAGUGAAAGAGAGUCGUGUGGUAGAUCUAGAGAGUGAUGUUGAGGAUUUGGGAAAGUACCGCUGUGUGGAAAAAGAGACGGACAUGCUGCUGUCCACUCUGUCAGCCAUGCAGGAGAAAGCUCAACAUCUGGAGUACAACCUGAGUGCAGAGACUCGCAUCAAACUCGACCUGUUCUCUGCACUGGGAGACGCCCGCAGACAGCUGGAAAUCGCUCAAGAUAAAGUGAUGAAGCAGGACCGGGAGAUAAGGGAGAUGAAGCAGAAGAUCGCGGAGGUGAUGGCCGUCAGUCCUGGUGUAUCCUACGUGGCGCCUCGGCCUCCGAUGCCACAGUAUCUCAACAAGCUACUCAACUCUGAGCGCUACAUGCUGAAUCCACGAGCACUGAUGUACCAGUGUCUGAAGAAAUAAAGGAUGUCGUCGCCUUUUUUUUAGAUCCUCAGACCUCUUCGCCGCGCCCCGUUAGCCCCCUUUGGCUAGUGGAUUUUAUUACAGAGCUAAAUGACACCAUGAAGUCAUCUACUUCCAGCAAUGAAUGGAACCAGAAUGAUCCUCCACAAAUCGAAUGCCUUUUGCCGCACUUACGGUGCUAACUUGACAUUACUAUAUAUAUUUACUGAUUCAUCACUCAUCAUUCAAGAGUUUCACUCCAAAAUAAGAUACCUGACAUGCAGCGCUGCUGUAGCUGCAGUUUUUACGUUAAGAUAGAAGUCAUCCUAACGGCAUAAACCAUAUUUAGGAUGCAACAGAGAAAAGCACAAUAUUUCCUUUUUAUUCAGGAGCUUUACAUUUGUCUAAAUGAAAACCUGGUUUCAAGCGAUAAAACAAUGAAAUAUGUGUAAUUUCUUUACUAAUCCACCAGUUCAAAAUGUCCAGGUAGAUGAAUCAUACUAUCAUACAGAUAGACUUUAAAAAAAUGUAUGGAUAAAAAAAUAUUUAAUUACUUUAAUUCUUUCGGGAGAAAUUCUUUUCUUUGUGUAUGAAACUGAGUGGUUUUUCUUUUUCUUUCAAGGAGAAUGUUUCUUUUUUUUAAAAAAAAAACAAGAAUAUAGAAUAAAAGAUAAACUGGCGGGACAAAAGAGAGUGUGUCAGGCAUGGGGCAGUGGUGCAUGUCAGCCUCUUGUGGUCAGAAUGCAUAUUACAAAAACAUAUACUGUAAAAAAAAAAAUUUGCCUUACAAAAUAAAAUUAUCCUCAACCCUCUCACUCAGUUUCAAGCAUGAAAGAAAAAAUUUCUCCCCAAACUUUUUUUUUUUCUUCGCAGGUGGAAAAAUAAAUGAAGGACCUUAAGGAUAGUCUCCUGGCAAAACUUAACACAGGAGAGUAAAAAAUUUAGCUUCAACUUCACCAGACAUAAAAGAUUUUCUCUUGCCCCUCAGGGCUUGAGUAGUCCAGUGUAUUUCCUUGCAAUUAAGUAAAAUUACCAACUCAAUAUUAUUUAUGUCUUUAUUAAAAGUAUUAUUGAGUCAAAUUACAUAUAAAAACAUAAAGAUCUGCAACGAUUCGAUUAGUUGUCAACUAUUAAAGUAAAUGCCAACUAUUUUAUAAAUGUUUAAUCAAUUUGAAUCUUUGUGGUUUCUUUACUCCUCUAUUAUAUAAAUUAAAUAUCUUUUGGUUGUGGCAAAAGAAAAUAUUUGAGGCAGAUGUCUCAGGCUUUGAGAAACACUGAUCCAAGUCUCUUACCAUUUCAUAGACCAAAAAACAAAUUGAUUAAUUGAGAAUGAAAAUAAACAUUAGUUGCAGCCGUGCAUUUCGACUCGUGUCCAGCUGAGCCAUGACAGUGUGACAAUGAGUCUGCAUGCACAAUACCAGGACCCUGAGACUGAGGCAGCUAAACUGAAUCCAGCCAUCAUCAUUUUACUAUUGACACGUCCAAAUAUCCUCUGUGGAAAAGGCUCAUUUAAAUAUUAGCAUUUAAGAUUUGAUGCUGUAGAUUUCGGUAAAACGUUUUGAUGUGAGAACUGUGAAGCAUAAUUAAUGCCUAGAGAUGAAAAACUACAAUAUGGAAUUAUCUCUGAGCCCUACAGUACCUGCAGUAGUUACGUCUGAGGGCCUUCUUUUCAUUUCUCAAAUGAAAUGAACCAUAAUUUGAUUAGAUACGAAUAUUAACUCCAAUAAUAUUCUGUAAACAAAAAAUAAUUUACAGUACAAUAAUUAUUAUUAAGCAACAACAUUACCACAUUCAUGCAUCAAGUAUUCAACAAAAUUGUCUGUGCCUGUAAAUAGUGGAUUUGGAUGAUAUGAAUUUUGCCGAAAUUCAGAAGAAAGUCAACGAAUUACUUUUUAAAAUUUAAAAUACACAGUAUUUUGGAAUGAGACCCUUAAGAGUUCCAGACAUUUCACUUUUUUACAGGUGUUGUUUUUUUAUGCUGAAAUCUGAGUUUCUUAAGAACAAUCUGCAGUGAUGUUUAUUUGCCUGAUAAAAAUUGAGGAGAUGCAGUAAACGAGCUGCGGUUACCUGUCUGUGUUUCGACUGACAGCUACAUUUUGAUGUUUGGCAGCUCUCGGCUCCACAAUGACAAACUCCUGGAAAAGAGAGAAAGUGAGCUGAGCUGAACGGCUGCCUUGUGGAGUGGAGUUGUGUUUAACAAGGAAUGGUGUUGACCAAACAUGGUUCAUGAAUUUAAUUACUGUGCCUAUAUACAUUACUUUCAAGCUGGGAAGUAAAACACAAAUUUAAUGUGAAGAGUAAUGUGUUUGAAUUGAAGUGCUAUGUACGGUUUUUGUAGUUUUUGUUUGUUUGUUUUUUAAAAUUCACUAUGUACAGAAUUGAAAAUACCCACGCAGCUGAAAAACACUCAUGAACUGGAUGUCGCCAUUUUGGUAGCUUUUUAUUUAGAGUGUGUUUCUAGGGUGUUUUAUAUCAAAAAUAUUUUUUAGUCUUGCUGUACUUUUAUUAUACUGCUGUAAUUUUGUACGGCAAUGUGUUUGUCAGCAUGAAAUGUGUUUAAUUCAACUGUUAUUUGAGCACACAUUGUGACAUUUCAGUAUGUACAUGAAUAUACUUGUACAAGGGCUACAGUUUCUUAAAAUUUUGAACAAAUAAUUAAUUCAAACAGUGAUGCUCCGAGGGUAGAGGUCACACUCCUGAUACACCAGGAUGGGGUUUUUUGUAUAAAUAAUUUAAACAAUUGAA